UACUUGGUGCAGUAGUUAGAACAACAUGAAAAGCUUCAAUAUUUUUCAACAGAUGCAGUUAGCAGGGUAUGGUUUUUGGUGUGCUUAUUUAGUGCAAGAUGCACAUGGCAAAAAGACGGAGCAACCACUACCACAACAACAUGACGGUGCCACGGAAGAGUCAGGCAAAGUGUAUUCUGAUGAAAACUUGUCUGAGAUAAUUGAUUAUGUGUUAAAACGAAUGGAUUUGAAUAAUGAUGGGUAUGUGGACUAUGCGGAGUACCGCAAAAGUGAAGAGGCGGACAUGGGUGAUGAUCACGAAAAAAUAAAUAAAAUAUGAAUAAAUUAGUAUUUGAGCUUCUGUAUACAUAUGUACAUACCUUUUGCUAACCGAAAAAAUAUAAGCAUAAGAAAUUGUCCUUCUAAUGGCCCAGAACAGUGCCAGGCAAAAUACAAACGCAUACAUAGCCUCGCGAGGCUACUAGCUACCUGGCAGUGCUCUAGAAAUUUCAAAUAUUCAAUUGGCACAAUAACAAGAAUAAAUAUCGUUGGCUUAGUUCGCAAACGCGCUAAGUCAACUUUUUAUGAAAAUUGAAAUUUUAAAGCAGUUAGA